UACCGAUCUCGAUCUCGCUGGCUCGUAGGUACAGCGUAUAACCCUCGUUAUCUGUGGUUAUCUGGGUGUCAAUUUCUGGAAGUUACGCAAAUGACAAAAUUUCAGAGAUACAUAAUCCACCUCCUCAUCUUACUCUUGUGUUCACGCAGUUUUGACAUUUUCGUAAGUUCCGGUCGUUCCGGAAUAUACACUGAAUCAUGAAGUCAGUGUGACCAAGGUCGGUAAACUCCAGCAUCCGCCUCGGGCGACGCCAGCACCAAAAAUGGCGAAGUUUUGAUUCACAAUUUUGAAGAAGAAGAAGAAGAAGACGCCACAUAAUUAAAGAUGUUUAUUUUUAUAAGAGCAUUAUUGCUCGUGCUUAUCAGCACAUUGAUAAUGCUAUUUCUUUUUUAUAUUCGUUUUACAUUUAUAUUGGAUACGUAUUUUCAAUGGUUCUUCAAUGAUGUUCGAGAUAUGCAACAAUAUGAUUAUAUUGUCGUUGGUGCUGGUAGCGCUGGCACAGUUCUGGCAAAGCAUCUAGCUGAAGAUAAGCACAGUGUAUUAUUGUUGGAAGCAGGUGGUACUGCCCCAUUCUUUCUCGACAUACCGCUCUUGGGACCAUUGAUUCAAAACACUGUUUAUGACUGGCAAUAUGUCACAGUUCCCCAAGAGCAUGCUUGUAAAGGUUUAAUCAAUAAUCAAAGCAGGUGGCCUAGAGGUAGAAUUCUCGGAGGCUCAAGCCGUCUAAAUUAUAUGGCUUAUGUAUUAGGACAUCGGCUGGACUAUGAGAAAUGGUUUCCAGAUUUUGCUGAAUCAGUUACGGAAAGUGCUGAGUCGUUAAGUAUCAGCGAAUUAAGAUGGAACAGUGAUUUUGCUGAAGUAAUUUUGAAAGCGAUAGAGGAACUAAAUUAUAAUGUAAGCAGUGUAAACGCGCAAUUGGACACGGAUUUCAUGAAAGUUCAAUUGACAAUGGAGAACGGCGGAAGAUGGAGUUCAGACAAGAUAUUGUAUGAAAAACCUAAUCGUCUUCUGACUGUAUGCACUCAUGCGCAUGCUACUAAAAUAUUAAUAAACUCGAAUAAAGCUGAGGGGAUUGAAUUUGUUAAAUUUGGUAGAAAAUAUACGGCAAUAGCGAAGCACGGGGUUAUUUUAAGCGCUGGUGUAAUCGAGAGUCCAAAAUUGUUAAUGCUAUCUGGAAUUGGACCGAAGGAGCAUUUGCAGGAAUUUGGUAUUAAGGUGAUCAAUGAUUUACCAGUUGGUCAAAACUUGCAAGAUCACAUAUUAACCGGUCUUGACUUGAUUGUGCUUAAUGAGAGUCUUGGGUUGAACCCUUCUGACAUAUUUAAUCCUAUGUCAGCCUUCAAUUAUUUUUUCUUUGGGAAAGGACCGUGGACAUCAUCGGGAAUAGAAGUAUUAGGGACUUUUCAUAGUCCUUUGCAUGCAAAUAAGUCCGCAGUGCCAGAUUUGCAAUUAAUGGUAUUACCUUCCGGAGUAUCAAGAGACAAUGGUUUCAUUCUUAAAGAAACAAUGGGAAUUUCUGAUGAGGUCUAUAAUAAAUAUUUUACUCCGCUUUUAGAUAAAAAUAUAGUAACGAUUGCACCUGUCUUAUUACAUCCUAAAAGCACUGGAGAAUUACGAUUAAAAAGCAACGAUCCCUUUCACAAGCCGCUAAUUGAUCCAAAAUAUUUAUCAAAUGAGGAUGAUAUUGACACUCUCAUAGAAGGAUUGUAUUUUAUCAAGAAACUCUUGAACACGAAUACUUUAAGAGCUCUUGGUGCAUCUCUCAACAGAAAGCCUUUUCCUGGUUGCGAGGACCAAGUAUUUGACACCAGAAAGUACUGGAAAUGUUAUAUACAGCAUCUAACAAUGACGUCUUACCAUCCAGUUGGUACAUGUCGCAUUGGCGACAUUGUUGAUACAUCAUUCAAAGUUUACAAUAUGAGAAAUUUGUAUGUCGUGGAUGCAUCAGUUCUUCCAUCGCUACCAAGUGGAAAUAUCAAUGCACCUGUGCUCGCAGUAGCACAGAAGGCUGCCUAUAUUUUUAAAAAUAAGAGAACAAAAGAAAGAAUUGGACAAAAACAGCCCAAAUCGUAUAACAUUUGUUAUGUAUUUAAUGUUUGUAGCAAUAUGCGAAGCAUCAUGCGUAAAUAUGCGACAUUAAACUUAUAACUAAUUCGAUAACUCAAUAAUAUGCCAUUAUACACGAUCCAUCACAUAAAAAUUGUCAGCAAUUUAUAAUAAAUCAAUACAGUGAGAUACAAAAUU